AUGAGUAGUAACUACGAAAAAGCUACUCCCUUUAUGAAAUUAUUUUGGGACCAGCAAAAGAAAAUGUGUAAUAAAAAUUUUGGCUCAAUAAAGUAUCACCCUAUGAUAAUACGGUUUUGCCUCUCACUUGCCUCAAAGUCGGCCUCAGCUUAUGAUGAGUUGCGCUCAUCAAAUGUACUAACAUUACCAAGUCGCAGAACUCUAAGAGAUUAUAAGAAUUUCAUUCGACCGAAUGCUGGAUUAAAUCCUCCCGUAAUUGAAGAAUUGAAUAAAAUUAGUAUUAACCUAGUUGGCUACCAACGAUAUGUAACGUUAUCUUUUGAUGAAGUAAAAAUACAAGAAAAACUUGUUUUUAAUAAACACACAGGUGACAUUAUAGGUUUUGUAGAUUUAGGUGAACCUGAUUUAUAUUCUACUUUUCAAAAGGAAGAUUCUUUAGCAAGCCAUGUUCUAGUCUACUUCAUUCGAGGGAUUGCUUCUGACUUAAAGUUUGCUUUAUGUCACUUUGCUACUAAAGGUCUCACCUCGUUUCAACUAAUGCCAACUUUCUGGGAAGCAGUUGGAGUUUUAGAACUGACAUGUAAAUUAUAUGUUAUAGCUGCAGUAUCGGAUGGUGCAGCACCAAACAGAAAGUUCUAUCGAAUGCAUAGUAUGUUUGAUGACAAAUUAGAUUGUAAUGUUGUUCAUCGAUGCAUUAAUAUUUAUGCCCCUGAACGGUACUUAUGGUUUUUUGCUGAUGCUCCCCAUCUCAUCAAAACAGCAAGGAACUGUUUAUAUCACUCAGGGGAUGGAAGGGGUACACAAAGUCUUUGGAAUGAUGGACAACAAUUGAUUUGGUACCAUAUCACAAGAAUAGUCAAUGACGAAAUGAAAAAUGGGUUAAAAAUUAUACCAAAGUUAACACAGGAUCAUAUUAAACUUAGUGCUUAUUCUGUUAUGAAUGUAAGACUUGCAGCCCAGGUUUUAAGUAGUAGUGUCAGUAACAUUUUAAAAAAUUAUUACCCUGAUGAUACAAAUGGAACUGCAAAAUUUUGUGAAAUGUUAGAUAGUUUUUUUGAUUGCUUAAAUGUGCGAAACAGCAGUGAAGGGAUAAUGAAACGCAAACCAUUUUUAUUACCAUACACGGAUGUUAAUGACGAGCGUUUGACAUGGCUACAGAAUACAUUUUUAUGCUAUCUAGAAAAAUGGAAAGAGUGUAUUAUUAAUUGUCCUGGUAACUUUUCCAACAAUGCAAAAGGAAGAAUGUUUAUCUCUUGGCAAACAUACGAAGGACUUCAAAUAACUGUAAUGUCUGUUAUCGAAUUGGUAAAAUUUUUAUUAAAAAGUGGUAUGCCGUUUGUUUUGACUGAAAAAUUCAAUCAAGACGUUUUGGAGGAAUACUUUGGUAGAUAACGGAGUUGAGGUCGAAGAAAUGACAACCCUACACUAUAUCAAUUUGGUUACCAGUCAAAUACCUUGCGAUUGCAAAGAUCAAUUGCGCCGGUUACUGGAAAUACUAAAGGUGGUCAUGGUCAAAAACGUGAAGUAUCUUGGAGUGUUGUUGAUAAUGAAAAGUUACCAAAACGAAAAAAAAACCUAUAAAUAUAAUCUAAAUAUAAACAUAGCAUAUAACAAAAUAUAUCAAUUAUUUG